AUGCCCGACUUUUUAUCGUUGAAGAAAGUGUGGGGAAAACUAGGCUCGGACGGUGCAGACCAGCCGAAUCCUGGCGGCGUUUACGGCCAAGGAGUCGGCAACAUGUCAGCUCAAGCAACGGUAGUACAUCCACAAGACGAGCGGGUAGCAAGAAUCAAUAUGAUACUGCGUGCAGCGCAAGUCUUCUUCGCUCUUGUCGCACUGCUCAUCGCGGUGUACAUGGCAACAUUCCAGGCAAAGUGGGUGGACAGCCCAUCUGGUCUUACCGGUUUAUUGCUCUUCCUUACGGCAGGCAGCUUGCUAGCAUCCAGCAUCUUUCUCGUUGUACCCAUCAUCUACGAACACUCAGGCUACAAAACCAUGAAGAACUUCACGCGCGCCCUUUCCGAAACACGCGUGGCUCUGGUCAGCAGCAGCAUCUUUGGCUUUCUGCUACUCAUCCUCGCCAUGACACAGACCAUUUCGGCUUUCACCUCUUCCGGAUGCAAAGACCCCACGAAAGAUCCUCAUGCGGGCGGAAAAGAUCGUGCCGAAUUUGUCAAGCAGCUGGGCGGCUGGUGUCGCACCAAGCGUGCUGAGGCCGCCUUUUGUUGGUUCCUCUGGGCGGCGUGGUUCCUUUCUUUGUUGCUUUUCCUGCGUCAAUGGAGGCUGGAACGCAAGAAUGGACCUCGCAUUCCACCUUUCGUGCACCCGAGAGACGAUUCGGCUUUCGAGCCCGUAGAUGACUUUGACGAACAAGAUACCUUUGAUGAAGCGAACAAGACGGCAAGGUACGGCGAUGGUGGCGAUGGGCGGUACGGAGUAGAGCCAGCGGCGUACGGGGGCAGGGAAGCGCCACAAAUGACUUCCUACGACCGACGAGGAGGCGACCCAUUGGCAGACAUCCAAGCCAAGUACGGUAUGGAUUCUCCCUACAAUCCCGAUCCGUUCGCUGAUGUGCGGGCUGCAGCUCCAGGAUACAGCAGACCAUCGUAUGAUUACAAUGCGUACGGCUUGGGUGCACCCGGUGGCUACCCGGUGGACCCGUACAGUACCAUCAAUCACCAGCUGAGCGCAGGACGUGGCAGUGGUCACCCACCCCAGCUGCCGAGCUUAGGCUACGGCUAUCACUGA